CAUGGUGUAACAGAGCGUCUUCAUGACGUCAAAUAGGAUAGUGUCUUUUUGCUCAUUUCUUUGCUAAUAUGUGAAUGAUCAUAUUUAUUGUGAAAUGAUGUACUCAUAUAUAUGUAUAUAUAUAUUUUAAAUAGCAAUAAGGACGUCUACACUGAAGUCAUGGACCCAACCACUGCCCCAAGAGGAUGCGGUUCGAGCAUCAGAUCAGAUUAUUACAACUUGUGUGACCUGACUAAAGUGUGGGGUAUCGUGUUGGAAGCUGUUGCUGCUGCUGGGGUGGUGACGUCCUUGGUCCUCUUCAUCAUCCUCUUGGCCUGCGUACCGUUUAUAACAGACAAAAAGAGGAAGAGUAUGGCUGCUCUGCAGGCUGUUUUUUUACUCUUCACUCUGGGGCUCUUUGGACUUACUUUUGCCUUCAUCGUGGAGCAGAACUCUGUCACCUGUGCUGUACGCAGGUUCCUCUUUGGAGUACUUUUUGCAGGCUGUUUCAUCUGCCUGAUGAUGCAUGGGCUUUGGAUUUCCUUAUUGGAGUGGGAUCCCAAGGGUUGGCAAAUCUACCUUGGAGCUCUGGGCCUCUGGCUCAUUGAGGUGAUCAUCAACACCGAGUGGCUCAUCAUCACUGUGGUCAGGCAACCAGGAGGUGACAUCACCCUCGACCCAGCCUGCAACAUAGCUAACAAAGACUUUGUAAUGGCACUCAUCUACGUCUUGUUCCUGAUGCUAGCUAUGAUAUUUAUAGCAAUUCGCACAACAGCACUUAGGCAGAAACAGUGGCACAAAGAUGGAGUUUUCAUCCUGAUCACAGGCCUCAUCACCCUAGCUAUCUGGGUCACAUGGAUUAUUAUGUACAUUGAUGGGAACAGAUUGUCCGGAAAUGCCAGUUGGAACGAUCCUACUCUGGCUAUAGCUGUGGUGUCAAACGCCUUGGUGUUCCUUUUCCUCUACACUGUACCAGAGGUCUGUUUGCUGACUCAGCAAGACCAAGACAUAGAAGAGCCUAAUGACGGAGACCACGUCUACACUCCGCGGAAUCUGGUUUAUGACAACACCCAGGUACCAGAAAAGCCUCACAUGAAUGUGUACCUGGACAACAAAGCUUUUGAGCUGCAUGAGACUCCAGCGACAAAGCCAACAUCUCCGUAUGCAGCUUACAAUGGUCAGGUACGGAGUAAAGUGUACCAGCCCACUGAACUAGCUCUGAUUUCCCAGGGCAUGACACAGGUGGAAAAAGAUGCCAUGAUCUCACGGGCCACCACUCCUUGACUGAGUCCAGGGAGCAGCAGUACCCUCCCUCAUUCAACCAACUCGAGGUUGAGAAGACUUGAUGCACACCCACUUGGUACAAUUAUCAAACAAAUGUCAACUGGGGGUUUGCUCUAGUUCCACAGCGCAAAGCAAAUGUAAAUCUUCACCUGUCUCUUCCUAGGAAAAGACACUAAUCUGAUUGGCAUUUACCCUCAAAACUGACUUAGUCGUCCAAUGUUGUCGCACAUUUUCUGUCUGCAUAACGAUUAUUGCGUACGACAGGAGCUCAGACUCGUAAACAAAAAUAAAACGCUGUGUCGAAAAAGAAACUAACGUGUUAUUCGGCAAUUCGAACAUUUUCAUAUGGAAAGGCUGUCAGCUUGGCUUCUCUAUGUCAUGUCCAUUCAAACAAGGCCAUGAAAAUUAGGACUCAAAACUUCAUCUGUCACACUAAUACCUUUGUGUUGUUGUUUAGUAGUUCUCUGUUUAAGUCCUGGUUCAGACAGUUUUUGUCAUUUGUGGUUCUAAUGUGUGUGCAUUUAGUGUGGCUCUGAUAGGAGUGUAAAUGGUUUCUGUUCUGACGUGUGGCUCUAAUGGAUUUUACCUUAAGACCAAUGUCCACUGGACUUAGCAGUUGUUAAAGGAAGAACAGUAUGGAAAGGUCUUCUGAUUUGUUUGGUAUCCUUUAUACUGUUACCAGAGCAGUCAAUGGAUUUUAGUUAAUUAAAUAAGGAUAAAAAAAAUAAACUUUAUUGGGGGCCAAGACACAAACACAACUCUUUUGCCACAUUUUCUCAUAUUUUCAACAUGAAACUGUGGUAAAAACAAAAAUGGAGCCCAAUAGUUGAUGUGGAUGUUCAUUGUUUUUACUUAUUAUCUGGAAACACUGAUGGAGUGAUGUUGAUGUGACCUGUUCCUGCUUCUGUAAACUGCUCUGGUGCUAGGCUCAGUGUAACAUCUUAACAGACCCGGAGUUUAAUGUAGGCUGUGAGUAAAAUCAGAUACUGUGUGCUGGUUAUGAAAAUUACCACUGGAAGCCAAAUGUUUUGACAAACCAUAGCUUCAGUUUUUGUGUGACUGUAUAUGUAAAGUUAUGGCAUGUAAAUGAUAAAAAGCUGGAUUUCCAUAAUAUAUAUUUUUAUUCCUUGUGUAUAAAAGUUCUGAUCCAUCCAACGUCACCAUUGUCUGACUCACCACUUCAUAAAGAUAAUAUAAUUGAAGACAGAUCCACUUUUAUAUGGAAUCAAACUAAGACAAAAUGAGACGUGAGCACACAUACUCACAGAGCCAUGUGAAGUGAGUGAACUGCUGCUGCCUAGCAGCAGGCUGAGCCUCCACCCUGUGUUGACAGGAUGAACA